AUGAACAAGAUCAAGAUGCUAGUGGAGCAGCUCGACGCAGUGGAUGCUCUGUUCAUCGAAAACGACCCGUUGAAUGCGCUCCUCUCAAGUCUCAGCGAGUAG